CCAACAACCCCCCAGACACCACGUCACUCGUGACACAAUCCACAGCUUUCUGUGGAAAACAUUCCCAUUCUGAAUUUCACAGAGUCACAGACUGGUUCGGGCUGGAAGGGAAUUUAAAUUCAAAAUUCCAUGGGCAGGGACGCUUUCUGCUAUCCAAGGCUGCUCCAAGCCCCGUCCAACCUGGCCAUUCCCAGGGAUAGAGCAGCCACAGAUUCCCCGGAAAACCUGUGCCACGGCCUCCCCACCCUCCCGGGGAAGGAUUCAUUCCCGCUAUCGCAUCUAACGCCGUGUGACACGCCGAUACCUGUGCUGUGCAGGGAUGCGCUGCCCGCGCAGCACCCGGCCCGGGAGCCCGCCCCGGCCGCUCGGGCCCCGCCCGGCGCUUCCUGCGGGAGGAGGAAGCGGCUCCCGGGCCAUGGAGCUGCCUCCGAGCCACUUCCCGGCCGCCCGCGCCGCCGCCGUGGCCGUGGGGUACCUGCGGUACCUGCGGGGCGGCCCCGGGCGGGGGCUGCAGCUGCGGGAGCUGCGCCGCGCCCGGCACCAGGACAUUGAUGAUGUGGGGCACAAGUACUACCUGGAACUGGAGCUGGAAGAUGUCCUGGACAAAGACAGGACUGUCAACUGCACUGCUGAGGUUCUGUACCACCUGGGCAGCAAAACCUCUGCUCCAGAUGUGCAGGUCACAGUGCAGGGAGAGCUCAGGAGCACAGAGGAAGCAGACAAGGAAUUCUACAAUCGGAUCAGGAGCCUGGAAAAGGAGCUUGUGGCUGAGAACAUCCCAGACAGCCAUGGGAACGUUCCCCCAGAGCUGGAGCCCAUCCACCUGCUGGCCUGGGUGGCCUCUGGCUACGUGAUCUGGCAGAAUUCCACUGAAAACACCAAGUUCCACCUUGCCCAAGUUAAACACGUGAAGCAAGUGAAAAGAAGUGAUGAAGAUCUUCAGUUUGACUUUGUGGUUCUACUCCAUGACAUGGUGUCCCAGGAGGUGCUGCCCUGGGAGGUGACCCUGCUGUGGCACCCCCAGCGCGGGGCCCGAGUGUCCCAGAGCCGCGCCGCGGGAGCGGGGAGCUCCUGAGCACCCUGGGGACACCUGGGAGCUCCUGAGCACCCUGGGGACACCUGGGAGCUCCUGAGCACCCCUGGGAGCUCCUGAGCACCCCUGGGGACACCCCUGGAAACUCCUGAGAACACCUGAGCACCCCUGGGAACUCCUGAGCACCUCUGGAAACUCCUGAGGAACACCUGGGAACACCCCUGAGAACACCUGAGCACCCUUGGGAACACCUGGGAGCUCCUGAGCACCUCUGGAAACUCCUGAGAACACCUGAGCACCCCUGGGAACACCUCUGGGAGCUCCUGAGCACCUCUGGAAACUCCUGAGGAGCACCUGGGAACACCCCUGGGAACUCCUGAGCACCCCUGGGAACAUGUCAGAGCUCCCACACCCAGAAGGGGAAGGUGAUGGAG